AUCGAAUCUGCUCGAACUCGAUCUUGUUAUUCAAUCAGCAAUGGCAGAAGAUCGUUAGUUAGUUACGGAUAGAGAAGGAUCGGCGCGUGUUUGAGACGCGAGUGCAGAGAGAUUUAUCCGCCUUCGGCCGGUUUCGGAGCAGCAAUUAAUGGAGUACGAUUAUGUGUUUCCGUCGCCGUUUCUCAGCCAAGCUUCGAGCAGCGCAUUCGAUUUGAGUUCUCUCUAUGAUGCUAUAAUGAUUCCUCCGGACUCGCCUUUCUUCGGUGAAUCGUCCGGCGGCGGAGGAGAAAAUCUGCCGCCGUUCGAGGCGGCGGCGUUUCCUCAACCUCAGAUCCUGCUCGAUCGGCGCCACCACCAGGACCUGGUCGCUCGCCAGAGUGCGGUGCUCGGUAACCUCCGAGAGAUGGCGAAACAAGCCCAAGCGCUCCGGCAGGAGAACGUCAAUCUCAAGAUGGCGAACCUCGAUUUGAACAGACGCCUUGCUCUGCUGCUCAAGGCGUCGCCCGAUUACGCUUCUGUGCACGGAGGGCCGCCGGAAUUCGGAGUAAGGAGGAAGAGCGGCCCUGUUGGAGACCAGGAUUCUGCAGGCGAGGGACAACCGUGGGAGGAUUUGACCGCGGCGGCGGCGGCGUUGUCGUCCUCUUGCGACCGUCGCACUCGCGAGAGCCCAAUUGGUAUCACGCUUCCUAAGAGUAUAUCUGUUCGAUCUCGUGGCUACGUGAAAUCGGCUCAAGCUGCGCAAAAGGUGCACGUGAAGGGUGGAAAGAAGGAAGAGGGGCCGCCACUGGAAUUGGAAGUGUACAACCAGGGAAUGUUCAAGACUGAGCUAUGCAACAAAUGGCAAGAAACCGGUGGGUGCCCCUACGGAGGCCGCUGCCAGUACGCCCACGGCCUGGAUGAGCUCCGCCCCGUCCUCCGCCACCCCCGCUACAAGACAGAGGUUUGCCGCAUGGUCCUCAACGGCGGCCCUUGCCCUUACGGCCACCGCUGCCACUUCCGCCACUCCCUCUCCCGCCACGAGAAACACUUCAGGUCACUCCUCAAUCCCUCCUAGCAUAUAUUCUUCACUUCACUCAUCAUUAUUGAAAACUUGAUCAUAAUUUUACACCCGGGCCAGGAAUAAAACCAUAAUAACAAAUAACAAUAGUA